CGCGCCUGGCGAGCGGAGGUUCAGCCCGCCGCUCCUAGGUGCCUACUCUGCGCCCGUCGCCUCCCAGGUCUCGUCCUACAAGCUACCUUACGGAGUGCUCCCAGAGUGACACUGACCAUGGACGCUCCUCGGUAGGGCAGUGCGAACACUAAGAAAUGACACAAAGAACUCGGAGCCAUGGCGAACUUUGAGGACCUAACUUAGUCUAGAUUUCGAGGUCUCGUGCCCGUCUGAUUUUGUUCCGCGGCCGAGAGGAAGGAGAAGGAAGGAUUCGAACAGGUGGCGGCAUUACUUCGGAAAGCAUGAGAGGAUCCCGAUGGAAGGUUGUCUAUAGAAGACUUCAGAGUGAGUGCGAGCACCUGUGAGCACCUGUACACGUGUUCUGCGGUGCGUGUGUGGCGUUUGGGCGGCACAACCAGCAGGCGGUGUGCGAGACGCCUCCCGCAUUCUCCACUCUCCCCCUCAAGAGGACGGUGGUGGAGUGGCGGUGGAGUGGUGGUGGUGGUGGUGGUGGAGUGGUGGUGACGCCCUUGCAAGCAUGGCCGCCGCGCCCCCACCCCCACCCCGCUGGCAGGAAGAACUCACCAACACACCGGCGUCCUCAGAGUCACCUCGUCUCUGAGCGUCGCGUUGUUGCAGCCAUGUUGAGAUGGUGCGUGGUGUGGGCGUGCCUGGCCGGGGUGGCGCGGGCGUUCUGCCCCCCUGGCUGCAACUGUGACGACAAUGUGCCCAGCGCUCGCUGUGUGGGCGUGGGACUAAAUGUGCUGCCCAUCCUCUUCAACCCUCGCCUGCGACGCCUCAACAUGGCCCACAACCUCAUCAGCUCCUUGAAUGACGGUCUGGUGUUUUUUGACCGCCUCGAGGAGCUGGAUUUGUCUAACAACGCGCUGACUUACCUGGGCACAGAAAACUUUGUGGAGCAAGUGCGGCUCCAGGAACUCCGGCUGGCGCACAACAACCUGACAACUCUCACGCCGGGCGCCUUCCGCGGCCUCAACUCCCUCACGCUGCUUGACCUCAGCCACAAUGGUCUGAUCGACCUGCAGCCUGGGAUGCUGGAGGACGCCCCACGCCUCACCGUCCUCCUCCUUGCCCACAACAAACUUCACGUCCUCGUCCGGCACACUUUCCGCGGCCUUCGGAGCCUCCACGUCCUUGACCUGUGUGACAAUUACUUCCGGGACGUACCGUCGUCCGCUCUCGGUGACCUGCAGUCCCUCAAGUCGCUACACAUGUGUCGCAACCGCCUUACUCGCCUCGAGCCCGACGCCUUCACCAACCCAGCGCUGACGUCACUCUCGCUGGAGACCAACAAUAUCGACCACAUAGAAGCCGGUGCCCUUCAGCGCCUCAAGAACCUACAGAAACUCAACCUUAACGACAAUCUGUUGCGUGAAGUGCCCGCCGCAGUGUUGUCUCUUCUGGUGAUGCUGGACACGCUCAUCCUCAACAAAAACAACUUCACCACCAUACAGGCGGAGGCGUUCAGGAGCCUAAGUCGCCUCACCACGUUGGAGAUCUCCCGAUGUCCUCGCCUCGCCUCACUGCACCCCAACGCCUUCGCUCACUGCAGCAACCUCCAGCGACUUACUAUAUCUCACAACCCGUUGAUACGACAUCUUCCGGAAAGGCUGUUCACUUCCCUGCCUCGCCUACACAUGCUGGACCUCCGCGCCAACAGCCUCAAGAGCGUGUCAGAGGUCAGCAUGCCAUGGGGCUCCCUCGCUCACCUCGACCUGCGUGACAACCAGCUGGUGUGCAAUUGUUCUAUCCGGUGGUUGGCGGCGCUACUAGGGGCGGCCAACACCUCCCUCGCGGCGCCUGAUGUGCAAUGCGCCUCUCCGGAGAAGCUCAAAGGCCUUUAUCUCUCCAGACUGAGCCCGAGCGAGCAGCUGUGUGUGGAUCAAGUGCAGGUAGUGGUGGGCAUUGUGGUGGUCACCGUCUCCACUGUGCUGCUCAUGGCCCUCUCCGUUCUCCUGUGCAAGUACCGACGGAGGAACCAGAGGGACAAGAUGGGAAGAAUGUGGCCUCCGGGACCCCUUGCACCGUGGCCUCCUGACAACCACACCGCCCCGACGCGUCACAUCAUGGCUGAUGAAUAUGUUUACCACACCUACUCCUCCGUCAGAAAGAUUCCCGUUACCAAGGUCUGAGGGGAGCCACCUGUGAGGCCGAGAGAGUGUAACCCUUCCUGUUUUGUUCCAUUGAGGAGGUUGAGGAAACGUGGACGAACAAAGAGGCCACUUCGGCUGUACCUGCCCGGCGUUCCGAGAGGACUAAGACCAGCUGACGUACACUGCAGUGAGAGCAUCAAGAACGUCUCCACCGGGUGUGUCCGGUUGUGCUGAGAAGAGUUGAAGGAGCACCGCGAAGAAUGGAAUAAUCGUUUUGAGGCUUCGGGAGAGUUAGCGUUGUAUCUGUGCUUCAAAAUCGCUACUUAUAUUGAUGGGGCGUUUCAGCUCAAGCAGUACCGCAGAAACAUUUUCUUCAUGGUUUAUCCAAGGGCGUAGGCGUUUGUUUUUGUGCUUCGAAAUUGCUGAUUGUGCGGAGGACUUCUCACCCUCACUACGCUGACUCUGGGAGAAUGCGACAGAAUGACUUAUGGCGAGCGAGGAGCAGAAAUCAAAACCAAUGAAAUAAUUUUGCACCGGGACAAAUGAAUGACGAGUGGUCUGUUUUGUCUGUCUGUCUGUUAGGCCAGCAAUGAGGGAAAGCGAAGUUACGUAGAGGGAAGUGUGAUACAGGGUUUACUCAUAUAUGGGGUGUGUGAAUGUGAUUGGUGACUGUGGAAGCGCCUGGAUCCACUAAACACCACUACGUACACUCCAAUGCGCUCCACUAAAACACGCGUAUCCUUGCCUUAAGUGAUACUAUUCCCUGCUAUCGAUUCUGAAUGAAGUCCUCGUGUUGUUCCCUGAUCCAGAAAUCCAUACCUUUGUACGCACCGAUUUCAACGUCAUAAAGUUCCAGGAAUCGCUACCAACACUGAUCUCUCCCCCUUCCUUCCUUACCUGCCUCACCUUGUCCCGGUAACAGGAUAAUGAUAUCAGCCACACAUGUUGUUCCCAAAGAGGUCAGGGAGGCACUUCAUUCCGCACCGCUACUGCCUCCACAAAGCUUUAAGGUUCGGAAAGGGGAACACCAAGCGGCUCUGGAACUCAACCCCGCUGCUAACCCACCACCCAGCCAGCAGCCACCCAGCCACACAGCCACCCAACCACCGAGGCCUUCCCAUCCUUCAUAACCUGGCAAGCGGCGUCCAGCGGCUGACAGCAACACCACCGUUGGGAGAGAGGGUGUGGACUCGCUAUGAUACACUGACGCACACACACAUAUACACACACACACACACACACACACACACACACACACACACACACACACACACACACACACACGCGUACAAUAUCCACCCACACCCAUCCUCACACACAUACGAAACUAAUCCCCUGAAGUAAAAUAACGCAUAGGUAUGAAAACAAAAACAAAAAAUACAGAACAACAUUGGUAAACUUUUCAGACGGAUGAAACAUGUGGCCGAUUCCAUCAUCCAUCACCUUCAAGUUGAGCAAACAAAAUAUUUAUUAUGAAAAAAAAAAAAUCAAACAUACACACACACACACACACACACACACAGGUAUACUACUUACACGAGGCCUCUCCAUCCCCGUUACUUCCUGCAAGCAUGUACACACACACACACACACACACACACACACACACACACACACACACACACACACACACACACACACACACACACACACACACACACACAUAUAAACAAACAAACAAACAAACAAUAGUAACGAAGGGGGAAAGGAAGGACGGAAGGAGGAAAAUGAGAGAAACAAAAUAGAUUAUAAAUAUGAAAUAUAUAUAUAAAGAAAGGAAAAAAAAACUGACAGACAGAUUGAUUAAUUCCGAGGUGUCGCAGCAACAACAGGGUCAUAAAGCGCCGCUCAGAGAGAAAAUAAACUAAAAACAGAAACUGAAUUCAAAAAUAAAUCUUCACUAUUCGAAAUACGAACCAAAGAACAUGUUGCUCAAUUUCCAUCACGCUACAGGCAGGACUGACUCACUCUCUCUCUCUCUCUCUCUCUCUCUCUCUCUCUCUCUCUCUCUCUCUCUCUCUCUCUCUUUGAUGCGGCUCCUCGUCUCUGCCUCCCUGUUUCUACACUGCUUCCAGCCACCGCAGCCGCCGCCACCACCACCACCACCAUUAUCAUGCCGCUGUUUGUGUCGCGUCCUUGUCCGUUCCUUGUCCGUUGUCCUUCCAAGUGUUUCUAAGUGUCUGUCCGUUAUUCGGCCUUGAAGCGUCCUGAGCAAAGCUGUCCCAUGAUUACCCUCUGUGUGUGUGUGUGUGUGUGUGUGUGUGUGUGUGUGUGUGUGUGUGUGUGUGUGUGUGUGUGUGUGUGUGUGUCUUACCCCAUGUGUAGUCAUGUCUCCUUUCACAACGCUACGCCAGCCAUGUCUAUCUGUCUGCCUGCCUGUCUCGUGUGGCUACCGCUAGAGGACGUCACAAGUCGCUCAGUAAUUUCCUCCUCCCGCCACGCUGACUCCCACCCUGGAAUGCUGAGUGCUAAGUGUGAGUGCUGCUGGAGCUGAGGGCGCAAGUAAUCAGCUAGCAGCUACUCUAAUGCGAGUCUCUCUAGCAUACAAUUUUUUCCUGACGGCGCUCUCGAAUUGAUUUUUUUCCAUCAUGUUUUUAUAAUCUAUUUAGCAUUUACAAUUUACAGGAUAUAUAUUUCAAGCGCACUUUUCACUACAUCCAUUUCCAAGUCCAUAUGUACAUUGCAUUGCUUUUGUGCGAUAUUAUAUAUAUAUAAAUAUACUAAUAAUACAUACGUACGUACGUGAUGAAUAAAUGAAUAAAUAUAUAUCUAUACAUAAUUUGUGUAUAAUCAUAUAUACAAGUGGAGUUAUACAUUUACUACCCUAUAAGGUCUCGGGUGGGGCUACAACUACUACUUCAACUACAACAACUAUUACUACUACUACUACUACUACUACUACUACUACUACUACUACUACUACUACAACAAUUACUAUUACUAAUACUAAUCCUACUAAUACUACUACAAUUACUACUACUACUACUACUACUACUACUACUACUACACUCAGUACUAAUGAAAAAAAUACUACACCAAGCUACACUCAGUACACUGACACCUAUACACUUAAUUAAGAGCAUUGUCAACACCCAUAGCAUCCCCGUCCCUCCCAGACCUACACUCAGCACAUCCCCUACCUUGCACAACACUCAAGCUCCACGCAACACAGCAACACCAGCAUCGCAACAACACACUGCUACAGGGACACCGAGAUGUACUGUCACGUCAUCUUCACUCACCACCAUCGUCACCACUAUACAAAAUGAAGUUGGAACAGUUACGUCAUCGUCAUCACUACUAGAAGCUGCAUCGUCCAGUCAGUCAGUCAGUCAGUCAGUCAGUCACAGUCACCAUUAUUAGUGUCAUCACCAUUGUCACGGUCACCACUAUAUACACAGCCUUAACCAGUCACACUAUCACCACACACACACACACACACACACACACACACACACGGAUACCAAGACACACAGCCGCACAUAAACAGACACAAAGUAAAUAAGAAAAACAGAAACAUCAAAGAAAAUUAACAAGGCUGAUUAAAUAACAAUUCAUCUUCCCUGUACAUAAAUAAUUAUAAUUAGUCUCCGCCUCUUUGCUCCUUCUCCUCGUCUAGUGUUGUCAUAGUUUCCAUUAUAGCAUUUUGAACUUUGAUAAAAAAAAUUAAUAAAUAUUACAACCUCAUAUGCUUCCAGCGGCCCUUGCCUCCCCCGGACACGCGGCCCGUCUCUACCCCAGCAUGUUAUCAGUAUAAUAAAUAUUUUGUAUUUUUGUAAAGAAGCUGUGUAAAUAAACAUUUCAUCUCUUUA